GCGCACACUCUUUCUUCAUCAUCGUUGUGCACGCGCCUUCUCCAUCCAGCGACGGCUCCUCAUCUUUUCUCAGAAGUUGGACGUAAACAGAAUGAGCUUUCCUGUAAACGAGGCUGGACAAUUUAAACACGAUACAACAACCUGUUCUGCCGGGCGCAGUAACGUGUUAUGCCUGGUAAUAGGGUAGAGUAGUGCGGGGUCUUGUUUUAGGCCUGUUUUCUUUUCUUUCUUUUCUUUCUUUAAACAGGAACAGGCUUGAGAGAGAGAGAGCGAGAGAGAGAGAGAGAGAGAGAGCGGCUGGGCCGUGACCGUUUGUAUGCAUUGAGCCUGUAAGCUAAGCUAGCAGCUUUCCGAGGAGUUUGGACUUCAGCGUCCGUUUACUUCUGUUUGGACUAAUAUUUGUCGUAUGAAUAGACAGUUUUAUUGAUUUUCUCACCUACUCUCUGACGAGCUGAAGCGAUAUUUCUUUUGAAAGCUGAUUUUCUUGAAGAAGUACCAGAUCUCAUUUGACUGCUAAACCCGAGAAAAUAAACAUAAGGAGCGCCAGAAGAGCUAACUAAAGGAGAGGACUACUAUUUUGUAUCUACGGUCGACUUAUUCUCCAGUACCGUUAUGGACAUGUUUAUGUUUAGAGCGUACACAGUUUAUUGCUCAGUUUUCAGUAGGCUAGUAAUUUCCGGCACAUCCAACGUAAAGUAGAGAUUACUCUUGUGCUUUUAACUGCCGUAUAAUAAUAACAAUAAUUAUAAUAAUUAUAAUUAUUAUUAAAUGCGUGGGAAAAGCUAGUUAGCAAACUUAGUUGAAUUAAGGUCGGUGGCUGAUAGGGUUAGUUUUAGUUAUUUAUUUAUUUCACAGUUUCUCGAGCGGUAAAGAUGUCGUUUUUCAACCUGCGGAAGAUAUUUAAGCUUGGCAUGGACAAAAAGAAGAAGCAGUACGAGCACGUCCAUCGAGACGUGAAUCCGGAGGAAGUGUGGGAGAUUGUGGGAGAGCUAGGAGAUGGAGCCUUCGGGAAGGUCUACAAGGCUCAGAACAAACAAACAGGCGCACUUGCAGCUGCUAAAGUGAUUGACACCAAGACAGAGGAGGAGCUGGAAGACUACAUGGUUGAGAUAGAUAUCCUUGCUUCCUGUGACCAUGAGUACAUAGUCAAACUGCUUGAUGCGUUCUACUUUGAGAGCAAAUUAUGGAUACUUAUUGAGUUUUGUGCAGGAGGUGCGGUCGAUGCUGUCAUGCUGGAGCUGGAGCGGCCACUGACCGAGCCACAGAUCCGUGUGGUGUGUAAACAGACCCUAGAUGCACUGUCUUACCUUCAUGAGAAUAAGAUCAUCCACAGAGACCUGAAAGCUGGAAACAUUCUGGUUUCUGCAGAUGGCGACGUCAAGUUGGCUGACUUUGGAGUGUCUGCGAAAAACACUAGGACUCUACAAAGAAGAGACUCUUUCAUUGGGACUCCAUACUGGAUGGCCCCUGAAGUGGUGAUGUGUGAGACAUCAAAAGACAGACCAUAUGACUACAAAGCGGACAUCUGGUCCCUUGGGGUCACAUUGAUAGAGUUGGCACAGAUUGAGCCGCCCAAUCACGAGAUGAACCCUAUGAGAGUCCUGCUCAAAAUAGCCAAGUCUGAGCCCCCUACACUCAUGCAGCCCUCCCGAUGGUCUCCAGAGUUCAGUGAUUUCCUGAAGAAAGCUCUGGAUAAGAAUGUAGACCAUAGAUGGAGCGCGACACAACUCCUGCAGCAUCCAUUUGUUUUAAGUGUAACUGAUAACAAACCUCUUCGUGAGCUGAUUGCUGAGGCUAAAGCAGAAGUGUUUGAGGAGAUUGAGGAAGGCAAAGAAGAAGAGGAAGAAGAGGAGACAGACCCACAGCUGGUGCGGGGACAUAAGCGUGCACUGUCUGAAAUCAGCACUGGCAGCUUAGAGGACGAGAAGCUUUCUGAGAAUGCGUCUAUGCUGGAAUCAGUCACUGAGAAUGCUGAGCCACAGGCAAAACCCAAAACAGCUGAUGAUAGUAAGAGGAGCUCAGCUGUGGUUCUGGAUUUCUCUGAGCCUCACCAUGCAGAGGGAGCGAGCAGAAAGGCAGCUGCAAUGGCCAACCUCAGUCCUAAAGACUCGCCUGCUGGAGACAAGAGUGUGUCGAGCCAGGAAAGAAUCCAGACUUCAGAAAGUGAUGCUGAGGAAAAGGUUCCAGACGUUCCAGAGACCCAGAAAGAUGUUGUCCAGAAGACCGUGACCGUCAGUGAAGAGACUGGAGAAGAGGAGAAGGAGCAGAUUAGGACGAAGGAACCUACUGAGAUCUGUGAGGAGGAAAAGAAAAUGGUGGAUGAACAAAAAGAUCAUCAGUUGGAGAAGAAAGAGGAAGUGGAGCCAAAACUCUUAGCAGAGGAAAGUACCGAACCUGUCGAAAUAACCGAACCUGAAGAAGCUGUUACCGAACAGGCUGAGGUGUGUGUGGAAGACACAGGAAAGACAAAGAACGUAGUUGAGACUGAAGGAGAGACUGAGAAGAGGAAAGAGGAUGUGCAGCAGGAGAAAGUGGGUGAAGAAACUGGUGUUGAUCUGCCUGCACAGGAGAAAAAGAAAGAGGAGGUGGAAGAAAAGAAGCUACAACCAGAAGCCGAAGAGGACCAACCUAGAUCUGAUGUAGAUGCUAAGGAGUCUAUUCAAGUGGAAAACGAAACUGAGUCAGUGACCAGUAAAGUUGUGAAAGAUAUUCCUGCUGAGACCGAGGAAAUGGUGAAUGAAAGUAAGACCUCUGUGGAUGUGUCACCUGCCAUUAUCAUUAAUGGAGAAAAGGACGAGGUAGACCAUAUGUCAAAGGAAACCCGAGAACCAAACAAUGACCAAGCUACAUCUCCUGAAGCAGCUACAGAGGAUGAGGUAGACCAGAAUAGAGCUGUGGCAAUCAAACCUGAUAUUGAGAAGGAUUCGGAUUCAGGAAGCAGCUCUGCAGCAGAUACCAACAGCAUUGACAUGAACCUUUCUAUCUCCAGCUUCCUCUCCAGAAGUAAAGAGGGAUCGAUUUCUGUACAGGAUGCCAAAUGCCAGAAGAAGACUCUGAAAAAGACACGCAAGUUUAUGGUGGAUGGCGUGGAGGUCAGUGUCACCACUUCGAAGAUAGUUACUGAUAAUGACACCAAGAACGAAGAACUGCGGUUUUUAAGGCGUCAGGAACUGCGGGAGUUGAGGCUUCUACAGAAGGAGGAGCAAAGAGCCCAUCAACAACUCAGCAAUAAGCUGCAGCAACAGAAAGAGCAACUGUUCCGGCGCUUUGAGCAGGAGAUGACCGGAAAGAAGCGUCAGUAUGACCAAGAGGUGGAGAACCUAGAGAAGCAGCAGAAGCAGUCUGUUGAGCGUAUAGAACAAGACCACACUAAUCGUCUGAGGGAUGAAGCCAAGAGGAUAAAAUCUGAGCAAGACAAGGAGCUCUCCAAAUUCCAGAACAUGCUAAAGAAUCGCAAGAAAGAGGUCAAACAGGAGAUCGGCGAAUCCCCCAAACACAUGAGAAAAGAGCUUAAGAAACGCUUAAAGGAAGACCUCGUUGUUGUUCAGCAUGAAGAGGAACAGGAGUUUCUGCAGAAGCAACAGCAGGAGCUGGACAGCGCACUGAAGAAGAUCAUCCAGCAGCACAAGCUAGAGAUCGCCACCAUAGAACGAGAUUGCCUCAACCAUAAGCAGCAGCUUAUGAGAGCGCGUGAGGCAGCCAUGUGGGAGUUGGAGGAACGCCACCUGCAGGAGAAGCACCAGUUGCUGAAACAGCAGCUGAAAGAUCAGUACUUCAUGCAGAGGCACCAGCUCCUAAAGAGACAUGAGAAGGAGAUGGAGCAGAUGCAGGGUUAUAACCAGCGCCUGAUAGAAGAGAUGAAAAACAGGCAGGCUCAGGAGAGAGGCAGACUACCAAAGAUCCAGCGCAGCGACGCGAAGACUCGCAUGGCCAUGUUUAAGAAAAGUCUGCGCAUCACUGGCACAGGAACGCCGGAGCAGGACAGAGAGAAAAUUAAGCAGUUUGCUGCACAGGAGGAGAAGAGACAGAAGAACGAGCGACUUCAUCAGCACCAGAAGCAUGAAAACCAGAUGAGAGACCUUCAGCUUCAGUGUGACUCCAACAUCAGAGAGCUUCAACAGCUGCAGAAUGAGAAGUGCCAUGUGCUAAUUGAGCAUGAGACUCAGAAGCUAAAGGAGUUGGAUGAGGAGCACAGUCAAGAGCUUAAAGACUGGAGAGAGAAACUUCGUCCCAGGAAGAAGGCUCUUGAAGAAGAGUUCACUCGGAAGAUGCAAGAACAGGAGGUCUUCUUUAAAAUGAGUGGGGAAUCUGAGUGCCUGAACCCCACUGCCCAAAGCAGAGUUUCUAAGUUCUAUCCUAUUCCUAGUGUCCAUUCCUCUGGUUCAUAACCCAGAUCAUAUGAGGCAGUAGAAAGCUCUGUAGGUGCAACAUCAGCCUGGUGCGCCUUCUCUGUCUGAACGUCCACUGUAUGUGACUGAAGGAACAUUGGAUUGAAGUUAUUGAAGUUCACCUGAAUAUGGAAGGGACUAAAGAGCAUUUCAGCAAUGGGAAACGAGUUAAUUAGUAAAUUUACCCACUGUUAAACUAUGAAUCCAAUGGAUUAACAUUUUAUUUCAUUUUCACUGCUGGGAGUUUUGCAUGACUAUGGCACUAGAAGAGAUUAGACACAGAUACACUUUUAUUUUGGAAAAAUUGAUUCUUGGAAGCAAAGGCUACGAUGUAUGAUUUCUGCUAUGAUUAUGGUAUAAGUUGGUAAUGUAUCCCCUAAAUCAUUGAAACUGUAGGAGACCAACAAGCGUGUGUGUGUGUGUGACACACAGAUGUAUACCUUGUAUCAAAUUGAGCUGCCUUUUCUUGCGUCUCAGAUAAUUAGCUUUUCACUGUUUUCCAUGGUUUGGGAGUCUUAAGUCUAUUUUUGUUUCCAUAUUGUUUCAGCAAAUGCAUUUUGAUGGCCUGCCAUAACUCCAAUAUAAUAAACCUUAGACCUUACAAUAAAGUGAACGGUGGGAAGGUACAGUAAGGAGUUAAUGAGGGUUAUCUUUUUUUUCUCUGCAUAACGAUAUAAAAGCAUACUGUACAAGUUCUACUAGAUGCUGUGAAAGAUCCGAAGCAUCUUCUGACAUGCGCACAAUGUUAAAACUGUCUCUAAACUUGCAGCUUUGUGGUGUCUAAAUAUACAAGAGAGGAAGUUAGUUAUGUGUUCUAUCCUCAGUAGGAAACUUGAGGUUGCAGGUUAACUGAGAAUGUCAUUUUUCACUCUUUGAGAAAGGAAGAAGUGGGUGGUUGUUUGUAUAAUUACCUGUGUUAUGUCCAGUGCUUUCUUUUUAUUAAGAAUUAAUUAUACAAAGUGUAAACUUGCACAUGUUAUUACUCUGGUUUUCUGUGGUUCGUUUGAACUUUUUGAUGAUGGGGAUGGACUUGGUGUUUGGAUGUACAGCAGUGUGAGAAUAUUCAUUGCCUUCUAUUGGUAAGAUACAACAUACUUUUUUGAACUAUUUCUUUGUGUCUAUUUCUGUCAUGCAAGAAUGCCACUAGUGCAUAAAUUCUGCUCUGCGGCUCAGGCAUACGUGGAUUAAUUCUGCGUCAUUUCAGAUGACAUGCCAUGCAGCCUUGACACAGCUCCUUGCGUUUAGGGAUCGGGCAGGCAGCUUUAGGCGGUUUGCUGCUUAGCGACAGGGGGAGAGUGACGACAAUACGAGUUCCCAGCAUGCUCUGUGUGCAACCAACAGCUGCUACCAGACUCCCAGAAGUAAGAGCACAUCUGCACUGAGAAACUGUGCUUUUUAGCAGAUUUCUUAUUUUAGUUCAUGUUUUGUUUUUCUGAUUUUGUAUUUUGUCAGAAAUACAUAUUCAGUGCAUUUUCUGUACAACAUUUACAAUGCUGGUAUAUGUGUCCAUGCUACUCUUGCAUGCUAAAAUCCUGAAUGCUGGAUUUGAGUAAGAACUGUAGCUCUAUGGACUUUACUCUCUUUAAGUCCCAUUGUGCUAGUAGAGGCUUCGGUUGAAUACCUAGAGCUGCAUAUGAUGAGUCACAGCUCAGGGUCUUUUCCACUGGGAUAGCAGCAAGUUAUCUUGGGGAUUUUAUUUGACUGGACAGUGGAAUUUAAACCUUGUGGCACUUUGGUGGAAUGUUUAAAGCAUUUUUAAAAUUGAUUUGGCUGAUAUACCGAAUAGCUGGAAUUAUUCUGUAAAUAAAAUCUUACCAUUGUAUUUUA